CUGCGACCAUUACCAUCACUCGACUCGAAAUACCGAUAUCCUGCAUUAAGUGUUAGACGGAGGUUAUCCGAAAGCUUUGCGCAACUUUCACAACUUCUCAAGCCCGGAACGACUUACCAACGCUCUCCACCUCCUACGACAGCUCACUAUGCCGGGCUUCGACUUCUCCAACCACAACCGCAAUCAAGCUCUACAUGCCAGAGGCGUACCUUUACCGAAAGCCACCAGUACUGGUACGACGAUCGUGGGUUGUAUCUAUGAUGGAGGUGUCGUCAUUGCAGCAGAUACACGAGCAACGAGCGGUCCAAUAGUAGCAGACAAGAACUGUGAGAAGCUUCAUUACAUCUCCCCCAAUAUCUGGUGUGCUGGAGCCGGUACGGCUGCCGACACUGAGUUCACUACCGCCAUCAUCUCAUCCAACCUCGAACUGCACGCUCUCUCGACUGGCCGCAAGCCCCGCGUUGUUACAUGCAUGACUAUGCUUAAGCAGCACCUGUUCAGAUAUCAAGGUCAUAUUGGCGCGUACCUUGUCGUAGCUGGUGUUGACCCUACCGGGUGCCACCUUUUCACGGUCCAUGCGCAUGGAUCGACCGACAAAUUGCCCUACGUGACAAUGGGUAGUGGAUCGUUGGCCGCCAUGAGCGUCUUCGAGACCCAGUGGAAAGCGAAGUUGACAAGAGAUGAGGCAGUGAAGCUGACGAGCGAUGCCAUCCAGGCCGGUAUCUGGAACGAUCUGGGUUCAGGUUCAAACGUGGACGUUUGCGUCAUCACCGAGGAGAAGGCACAGCUUUUGAGGAACUACAUCACACCCAAUGUCAGAGAACAGAAGCAGCGCGACUACAAGUUCAAGCGUGGUACUACCGCUGUGCUCGAUGAGAAGAUUAUUACGCGAGAAGAGAUUAGCAAGUAUGUGACGGUCCACGAACUGGAUGACAAGAAUGAGAGUGCAGUUGGCGAGAAGAUGGACGUGGACUCGUAGGUGUUGGUCGAUAAAGAUUGAUGAGAUCAUCGCCAGACGAGAUCAUACCAUGCGGCU